AUGACCAAGGAGUACGCCAUGCAACAUUCGGAAAGUGACUACGUGCAACGCGUCCUAGGCGAGCCACUAAAAGAUGCGCUGGCAGCCAUUGUGCUCUACCAACCUCUCGACCCUAUCGAAUUUCUCGCAAAUUACCUCAGAUACUGGGCGGUUAAGGUCAGGGACUAUCGUCGGAAAAAAUUUGCCAAAAGUGAAAUGGAACGUCUACUGUCCAUUGAAAUCCCCUGGAACAUAAAAGUCCAAGCAGAACGUGCAAUCCGUGUUGAACAGGAUUACCUUAAAAGCGAGCGCAUUCGCGUUGAAGAGGAGGAGAGGAGGCGUCAAGCCGAACUGAAACGCGUCCGCGAACUUACUGAUAAGAAAUCGUCACUUUCUACUGACAAAAUGCGAUUUGAGGUGGCUCAUUUUGUGCUAGAAGAGGUUAUUGAAAUGGGUACUGAUGUGGUCUUUAAAGCUUGGAAAAAGGCGGAACUAGAACGUCGAAAAGCUGAAAAGGCAGCCCAAAGAGCUGCCAAAGAGGCGGAAGAGGAGGGAGAGGAUGAAGAGGAGGAAGAAGACUAG